UGCUGACGGGAGGGAAGGGAGCGGAUCUGGUGAUCCGUAGUAACAUAGUUCUCAACACGUUAUCAGCACGCUCUACUCGACGUUGCUGCGAGAUCAGAUCUGCCUCAACUCUUCGUCAAGCCGGCAGGUCUCCGGCCUUGCCGAACUGUCCUACGCGACAGACUUCGCUUCCGUUCGCUGAAUCAAGAAAUAAGGAUGGCACAGUUCCACCUCCUCGACCCGUUCUACGACGAGAGCCACCGGGGGCGCCUUCUGUCGGAAGGCCAGGACCUAGCAACGCUUCGUUCUAGGACACACAAUGGGUUCCUAGACAUGGUGUUCGACGACAGGUGGCAGCCAGAGACACAUAGUUUUCAUCUUCCUUUUGGUGAGAUGACAGUCACAUUAGAGGAUAUAUAGAAGAUACUUGGACUCGAUGUUGGUGGCAGAGCAGUGACAGGCCAAUGUGACUCUGACGGUUGGAGGGCUAGAGUUGAGGCCUUUCUUGGUAGAGAGCUUCCUGCUGAGGGCGUUGAAAGGACUGCUGGAGUAGGCAUCACAUGGCUCCGUCAGUCUUUUGGUGCGUGCCCUGCUGAUGCUGAUGAGGGUACAGUCCAGUUCUAUUGUCGAGCUUGGAUCCUGCACAUGUUUGGUUGUGUCCUCUUCCCAGACGCCAUAGGAGACUGCGCGUCAUGGAUGUACAUCCCAUGUCUAUCCGACUGGGAUACAGCUGGACACUAUAGUUGGGGCUCCGCUGUGCUUUCUUUUUUGUACCGACAGCUUUGUGAGGCUUGCCGUCGUACGUCCUCCUCUUCGUCUAUAGGCGGUUGCGUCUACCUCCUGCAGAUAUGGAUGUGGUUUCGCAUACCAGUUGGUCGACCACGUGUUUUCCAGCCUAGACCCUGUCCAUGGAUGAUUUAUGGAAAUGAACAUCUUCGACGGACGUGUGCUUAUAUUUGGGACCAAGUGGCAGCUCCUUUUGCUAGAGCUAAGAGGGCAUACAUGGAGUAUGUUAACGAGUUUGACACGCUUUCUGCCUCUAGCGUCACAUGGCAGCCAUACAACGCACCUGAGUAUGCUGGGAUGAUCUUUAGUGAAGUAUGCAGCAGUGAAGAUGAACUCUAUAUGUUGCAAUGUCCUUUGAUCUGUUUCUGGUGUGUUGAGUGGCACCUACCUCACAGGGUUCAGAGACAGUUUGGUAGGAACCAACUAUGGCCGGUUGAAGAUAUUCCUACUUCUAAGGAGCUACACAAAUUUGACCGACGAAAGCAAAAGAAGAUAACGGACUUUCGUCAACAUCAUCUGAUAUUUAUAAAUGAAUGGGAAUCGGGUGCUGAGAAUGUAUAUUCCAACGAUGAGUUGCACAACAACAGUGACUACAGGUGGUACCAAGCUUGGUACCAGGGUGCGACUCGUUGUAAGCUUCGCCAGCAGUGGACAGUGGAAGACUACGCCGACAUUGAUUCUUCUGACGAUGAAGAAACAGAGUAUGACCUGUCCACUAGACUGGGAACCCAAGUGGAGGCGACACCCAUAUUAGAUCGAGUGGGUAACACAUUGCGACGGUCGGUAGAGGACAUUGAUUGCCAACUUUUGACUGUGGGCGACAGCAGCAUGCGCAACUUCUUGCAGGCGCCUACGUGGAGCUGCUGCUCGCUGUGGCUGCAGGACUAAUGUUGCACAUGACGUCCAUGUACCAUCGUGUACCGACACAGCAACGCCCUCCACAGGUCUUGGUGCUGGCUUCGACUACGAUCACGACGAGAUAGGACCUUCACAGCUUCAGGGGGCUCCUUCGACACAACCAUUACAACCACAAGAUCGUAGGCGACACCGCUCUCCACAAUGUUACACUCCAGGCACCGACACUUUAGGCAAGGGUAAGACUAGGAGACGUUGAAUUGGUUUGGACUCUAUGGACUUUUUAUGUAACGUAUGAAUUAUAUGGACUUGUAAUGGACUUAUUUGGCCUCUACGGGCUUGUAUGACAUUUUAAUGGACUUGUAUGAAUUCUAUGGACUUGUAA